GCCACCCCCGGGGAUGAGGCGCUAUGGCGGGGGGCUGGGCCGGCUUCUCCGAGCAGGAGCUGCGGAGGCUGCGGGGGCCGCACGCAGGUACCGGCCGGGAUACAUCUGAAUCUUCUGAUCAGCAGCGUCGACCCCUGUCUGUAAAUAAGAGCCGUCAGCAGUUGCUACGAGAAAAAGCUCUUCAGCAACAAUGUCAGAAACUGGGACGGCAGGAUGGAGCAGCCUCUGUACUUCCAGAACAGCUGCUUUCUGUACCAAAACACAAGCCCUGUCUUCCUCAGCAGCCUCUGCCGCCACCACCUCCAUCCCCAAUCAAGGAUCAAAGGCAACAUGACACCAGAGCUCAACAGAAUGCACAGGGACUUGAAAAUCGUUGUAAUGGCAAUGAAAAACCCCAGGAACUCCCUGUAAAGAUGGAUUUCAAACUGGAGAAAAAGAGAGUGGAAUUGCAGGAGAAAUCUCGUUGGGAAGUUCUCCAGCAGGAGCAGCGGCUGAUGGAAGAGAAGAAUAAACGCAAGAAGGCACUCCUGGCCAAAGCCAUUGCUGAAAGAUCCAAAAGAACUCAGGCUGAAACAGUGAAACUAAAGCGAAUCCAAAAAGAGCUACAGGCUCUGGAUGACAUGGUGUCUGCUGACAUUGGGAUCUUAAGGAACCGAAUCGAUCAGGCCAGCAUGGACUAUUCAUUUGCUCGGAAGCGAUAUGAUAAGGCAGAGUCAGAGUAUGUAGCAGCAAAGCUAGAUUUCCAACGGAAGACUGAGAUCAAGGAGCAUCUCACAGAGCAUCUAUGCACUAUAAUACAGCAGAAUGAACUCCGUAAGGCCAAGAAGCUGGAAGAGUUAAUGAAGCAGCUGGAAGUGGAGGCAGAUGAAGAAAAUCUGGAACUUGAGAUUGAGGUGGAGCAGAUGCUGCAGCAGCAGGAGGCAGAAGGAGGGAGACAGGCUGCCCAGUCUCAGAAUCUGUCUCAGACUGCUGAGGAAAAUGCAGCUUCAUGUGCUACAGUGAAGGAGAAUGAGCGUGCUGCUUCUGAACAGUUAGUGGAACAGCCUGGAAAUUCCUGUAGCAAGUCGCUUUCAAAUAUGGGUAGCCAAAAUCAAUCAGUAAACACUACUUGGGAUGAAACCCCCGCUCACUCUGAUACAUUACUAUUGUAUGCAGAUAAGGUAGAGUCUGAUGGAUGA